CACAUAUUUAUUUCCUAAAUCCCUCCAUUGAUUCCCUCUUCAAAAAGCGCACACACACACUAUAUAACACUCUGCCGCACCAUUAAUCGAAGAAUCUCUCCCAUUCUCCUCUCGCUUCCCCGUCUCUUUCUCUCUCUAGGAUCACAGCCAAGCAAGGGAGUUCGGUGCGGAGAGGAGAGGAGAGGCAAGGGGAAACAAGUGAAGCAUUAGGAGUUGAGUUGGAUGCAUUGAGUGGUGGACGGAUUUUGCUUCGCGGUUGACUGUUCCGGCGACUGAAGGGAAAAAAUACGGACUUCAAUGGAUAAUGGGUUGCCUGAAGUUCAGCAAGUUACAUCAGGUCGGCUGAAGGGAGUUCGUUUGAGUAUUUUAUCUGAUGAAGAUGCUGGAAAACUAUCAGCAAUGGUCGUCGGAACAGUCAAUGAAGUGUCGGAUGCUGCAUUGGGGCUCCCUACGUCAAAUGCUACUGAAUGCACCACCUGUGGUGCCAAAUAUUCAAGGGACUGUGAAGGGCAUUUUGGUUUGAUCAAAUUUCCAUAUACGAUCCUAAAUCCUUAUUUCAUGUCUGAAGUUGCGCAGAUCCUUAAUAAAAUCUGUCCAGGGUGUAAAUCUCUUCGGCAUAAUAAGAUUAAGAAUGCGCAUUCUGCUUCAAGUCACCAGCCAAGAAAAUGCAGAUAUUGUACUGGGCAAUCCAAAGCUGGCUAUCCAAAAAUGAAAUUCAAAGUAUCUACAAAAGACGUGUUUGCAAAAAGUGCAAUUAUUGCUGAAGUUAGUGAAGCAUUGGUGAGUAAGAGCUCAUAUGGGUGCCUGGCUUCUGAUUAUUGGGAUAUACUCCCUAAAGAUUCAGCUCAAGACCACAGUAGUCAGCCGCCAAACAAAAGAAUUCUAUUGCCAGCUCAAGUUUAUGAAAUUUUAAAGGAUGUAUCUCCAGAGGUUUUGGGAAAUUCUUUCAAAAGGAAAAAUUUGAUCUUUCUGAACUCCUUGCUGGUGACUCCAAAUAGUGCCAGAGUGAGAGAAUUUGGUCAGAGCAUAACUGUUGAUGAGACUACGAGGGCGUACAGAAAGCUUUUUGAUUUUAGAGGCACACCCAAUGAACUAAGUGCUCGUGUUCUCGAACGUUACAAACUUUCCAAGAUACGCUCAGAAAAGCUGUCACACUUGCAGAAAGCAUAUGAAAAACAAGCAGGAAAUGAGUCAGCUUCGAGUUCAUCAGGUCUAAAAAACAUAAAAGAGUUGCUACUUGGAAAGCGAACAGAUCAUUCUUUCCGUAUGGUUGUUGUCGGUGACCCUAGAGUUAAGGUUCAUGAAAUUGGCGUGCCUUUUCAAGUCGCAGAGAAUUUGCUUAUGAAUGACCAUGUCAACGAAUGGAACUGGGAGAAGUUGAUGCCGUGCUGUGAUUAUAUGCUUCACCGAAGGGGGAACUUUACAGCACUUCGGGAUGGUCAGAGGAGAACUAUAUGGUUUAAGGACAUGUUGCGUGCCGGAGAUUCCAUUCGUAGGCCUCUUAUUGAUGGAGAUAUUGUGUUGAUUAAUAGGCCCCCAUCUAUUCAUCAACACUCCCUUAUUGCUCUAUCCGUAAAAAUUCUCCCAAUCAAUUCUGUUCUGUCCAUUAAUCCUCUAAUAUGUUCUCCUCUCAAAGGGGACUUUGACGGAGAUUGUCUUCACGGUUACAUUCCCCAGUCAUUGAACACCAGAAUAGAGCUCAAUGAGCUUGUUUCAUUAAAAAGUCAGUUAGCCAAUGGACAGAAUGGUCGAAACCUUUUGGCACUAGGUCAAGAUAGUUUAACUGCCGCAUAUCUAUCUCUUCAAGAUGGAGUUAUUAUGAAUAAAGCUAAGAUGCAGCAGCUGCAAAUGUUCAGUUCUUGUAUGCCAGUAUUGCCAGCUGUUAUCAAUUCUAAAACUGGUGCUCGUUUUUGGACUGGGAAACAAAUGUUUAGCCUUCUUUUGCCUAGGGAUUUCGAAUUCACUUCUGCAUGUAAUGAUGUAUGUAUAAGGCAAGGGGAGAUUGUGUCGUCUUCCCAUGGAUCAUCUUGGUUAAAUGACACCAGUGGGAAUCUAUUUGAAUGCCUUCUAAGACAUUGCAAAGAUAGAGCACUUGAAUUCCUAGGCAGUGGGCAGGAGGUUCUUUGCGAGUGGUUGUCAAUGAGGGGACUCACUGUUUCAUUAUCAGACCUUUACAUGUCCCAUGACUCUAAGUCUCACAUGAAUCUUCUAGACGAAAUAUCAUGUGGCUUGCGGGAAGCAGAAAGGCUAUCCAAGGCUAGUUUGCUAAUGGUGGGUUGCAACCAAGAUUUUCUUGUAGAUUGCUCUGAAGAGAGUGAUUACAUGGAAAAUUUUCUCAAGGAGAGGACUUUGAUUGCUCAACAGACUAUACCAGAACUUUUUCAGGCCUCAGUUUCUGCAGCCAAGGCAGUAUUUCGGGAUAUGCAAAGUCUAGCUUACAAGUACUCGGGCAGUGGUAAUUCAUUUAUAGCUAUGUUAAAGGCUGGGAGCAAAGGCAAUUUGCAAAAACUAUUUCAACAUAGCAUGUGUGUGGGGUUGCAGCACUCGUUGGCUCCAUUAUCUUUUUCAGUUCCCCGUGACCUGUCUUGUGCUUCAUGGAACUACCAGAAGGGUCUUCCAGAUUUACAGACAUCGCAGGGUUACAUCCCGUGUACAAUGAUUGGCAACUCCUUCUCAACAGGAACUUUAAACCGACGCUUGAUGUUUUUCAUGCGGGAUUUAGUAACUGGGUAUGAUGAAACUGUUAGGAGUUGCUAUGGAAAUCAGGUUAUCCAGUUUCACUAUUGCUCCGAGGAGAUGAAUCUUACCAAUGUCGAUGGCCAUGUGGGUGGUCAUCCUGUUGGGUCAACUGCGGCUUGCGCCAUUACGGAAGUUUUAUACAGUGCGCUGGAUCAGCCGAUCAGUGUGUUAGAACCGUCACCUAUGCUAAAUUUAAAGAAAGUACUUGAAUGCGGAGUGAAAAAGAGUACUGGCUCUAAAAGUGCUUCACUGUUUUUAUCCCGGAGACUUAGAAGAUGGGCAAAUGGUUCUGAAUAUGGAGCUUUAGAAGUGAAGAAUCAUUUGGAGUGUUUGCCUUUCUCGAACAUAGUCUCAGAAAUAAGGAUAUGCUAUUCGAAGAAGACAAAUACCGGCACCAGUGUCAGUCCUUGGGCUUGCCAUUUUCACGUAAAAAAGGAAGUCGCCAACAAGAGGCGGCUGACAAUGCGCUCAAUUAUCAAUGCUCUUCGUACGAAUAGUAAAUUAAAUGGAGCCAAAUCCAAGUUUGAUCUUCCGAAGUUGCAUAUAACUAGCGAGGUUUGUUCUGAAGCUGACACUCACCCUGACUCUACAAUUUGCAUAUCUGCUGCAUUAACUGAGAGCAUUCCCAAUAUCCCUGAUGUGGACAUUCUUCGUGAUAUGAUUAUACCUGCCCUUCUUCAAACUGUUGUAAAAGGAUUUGCGGAAUUCAAGAAGGUUGAUAUCUUAUGGAAAGAGGGAUCCGAUUGUUCAAAAUUCCCAAGAUGCCCUUCAGGUGAACUCUUUUUGCGAGUUGUCACAUCAGAAUACUGUGAGAGGGCCAAGUUCUGGAGUACCCUCAUUGAUAAGUGCCUUGUUAUAAGAAAUAUAAUUGACUGGGAGCGCAGCCAUCCAGACGUUCUUCUCGACUAUUGUGAAGCAUAUGGAAUUGAUGUUGCAUGGCAGUAUUUUGUAACCACCUUGCAUGCUGCUAUACGUGACACUGGCAAGUCCAUCCUUCCAGAACAUUUAUUUGUUACAGCCAAUUGCCUUUCAGUUACGGGAGAGUUCGCACCAUUAAAUUCAAGAGGACUGGCACAUCAAAGAAAGGAAACUAGUACUCACGCACCCAUCAGUCAAGCCUGCUUUUUGAAUCCUAGCGAUUGUUUUAUAAAAGCAGCCAAGGGGGAACAAAUCGAUGGUCUUAAAGGAAGCCUCGAGGCUUUGGCAUGGGGACAAACCCCUUCUAUUGGAACUGGUUGCCAGUUCGAUCUUUUAUACAAGGGGAAGGGACAUGAACCUGCUGAGCGCACAGAUGUUUACAGUCUGCUGAGCACCCAUGUUGCGUCUGAUAAAACUAAUGCUAAGGUGAAACCACAUGACAGAAAAUCUAUUGCUUCCUAUCAUUUCAACUCAAAGGAGCAAAAGAUCUCGCUUCAUAAGAUGCUCUCGCAGCAUUUCACUGUGGUUGGGAUUCAGAAAGUUUCACGGAAACUAAAGCGUAUCCUGAAAGAGUAUCCUGCAAACCGUCGCCUGAAUGAAGAAGCAUGCGUCGGUUCUCUAUUGUGA